ACGCACACUAGGGUUUUAAGCGCAAACCCAACCGGGAGUAAAGCUUCCGACUUCCACUGUCUUCCUCUGAAUCUCACAAAUUCAGCAAUUAUGGUCGAAGGUUUCGAAGUCGGCGGCGUCCCCUUCAACCCCGACGGGUGGGGCCCACCGGACAGCGCAACCACCCCAACCACCACCUCCAAUUUGCCCCAAAACGUGCCCUUCGCUCCCUUCUCCCGCUCCGAGAAGCUCGGCCGGAUCGCCGACUGGACCCGCACCUUCAACAAUCCUGCCCGCUCCAAGAACCCAUCCGACGCCGUCUUCGACUUCUCCAACGGUGAGUCGUUCCCCGGCUCCGCCGAUGACGACGCGUCGUUCCGUCUCGUCGAUGGAAAGCCCCCGCCGCGGCCCAGAUUCGGCCCCAAGUGGCGGUUCCAGCAGCAGCGACAGCUCCCCCACCGCCGCGACGAGGAGGUCGAGGCCAAGAAGCGCGAGGCCGAGAAGGAGCGAGCCCGCCGUGACCGCCAGUACAACAUGAACCGGUCCAACGUCAAUGCCCCGCGCCGAGAAGCUGCGGUUUUCAAAUCUUCCGUCGAUAUCCAACCUGAGUGGAACAUGCUCGAACAGAUCCCCUUCUCCACAUUCUCGAAGCUCUCGUUUUCGGUUCCGGAGCCGGAGGAUCUCCUCUUCUGCGGCGGACUCGAGUUCUACGAUCGCUCCGUCGAUCGAAUCACCCCCAAGAACGAGAGGCGGCUCGAGCGGUUCAAGAACAGGAACUUCUUCAAGGUCACCACCACUGACGACCCCGUCAUCCGCCGCCUCGCAAACGAGGAUAAAGCCACAGUCUUUGCCACUGACACCAUUCUCUCGACUCUUAUGUGCGCACCCCGGUCAGUUUACUCUUGGGAUAUUGUUGUUCAGAAAGUUGGGAACAAAUUGUUCUUUGAUAAACGUGAUGGGUCGCAAUUGGAUUUGCUUUCGGUUCACGAGACAUCUCAGGAGCCAUUGCCUGAAGCUAAGGAUGAUAUCAAUUCAGCUUAUUCGUUGAGUGUCGAGGCUGCUUAUAUCAAUCAGAACUUUUCACAGCAGGUUUUGGUUAGGGAUGGGAAUAAGGUCACAUUCGAUGAGCCUAACCCGUUUGCAAACGAAGGAGAGGAGGUUGCUUCCGUUGCUUAUCGCUACCGAAGGUGGAAGCUUGAGGAGGGAAUGUAUCUGGUUGCGAGGUGUGAGGUGCAAAGUGUUAUGGAGGUGAAUAAUCAGAGGUCGUUUUUGACCCUGAAUGCGCUUAAUGAGUUUGAUCCCAAGUAUUCGGGUGUCGAUUGGAGGCAGAAAUUGGAGACUCAGAGGGGUGCUGUAUUGGCAACUGAGCUUAAGAACAAUGCCAACAAGUUGGCUAAAUGGACUGCCCAAGCCCUCUUGGCCAGUGCCGAUUUGAUGAAGUUGGGUUACGUUUCGAGGGUUCAUCCUCGUGAUCACUUUAACCAUGUGAUUUUGGCUGUGGUAGGAUACAAGCCCAAGGAGUUUGCCUCGCAGAUUAAUCUCAACCAAAACAGUAUGUGGGGGAUUGUGAAGUCGAUUGUGGACUUGUGUAUGAAAUUAAGUGAGGGCAAGUAUGUGCUUGUUAAGGACCCGUCGAAGCCCCAAGUUAGAAUCUAUGAGGUGCCUCCAGAUGCUUUUGAGAAUGAUUAUGUGGAGGAACCACUGCCCGAGGAUGAGCAAGUUCAGCCACCCACGGAGGAAGGGCAAGGUGCUGAGCCGAAUGUUGCUGCGAAUGAUGUUGAGGAUAAGCCGCUUGACGCUUGAAGGAUUGAAAUCGAUUUUCACAAUUGCUAACAACGGGGAGACCUGGCUACGUCGCUAAUAGUUGCAAUGCGAGAGAUUACAAGGCUAUCAAAGACUCGGAUUUGAAGUUAAGCUAACUUUUAUUGCAUCAUUGGCAUAAAGUUCUUACGAGCAUAUGCUGUAGCUGCGCCAUUUUUUAAACCGGCUAGAGGAAACUAUCAGAUCAUGGGAAUGGUUUUGUUUCUCUUUUUUUAACCAUGAGUUUUGUGAUAUGUUAUGCUAUUUUAUAGCACUUCAGUUUUGUAUUGCUAUUUUGUAUUGAAGUCGUUUACCUUCCUCAUUUUUUCGAUAUCACUCUGCCUAAUAAACCAGACGAAGUGGCAUAUCUACUUGUCUGUCUUGUUUGGUUUCUUGGCCACGGUAUUCGGAACUUUAACAUGUUUUGUUUCCAGUAAAUACGUUUGCGUUUUGAUUGUGAUGUUAGUAGAUUGCUCGUUUUUACCA